AUGGGUUAUGCUGCCACAUCUACAGAAGAGGCAUUCCCUCCUGCUUGUGUGGAGAAGUAUGAGCUAGCUCUCAAGACAUGCGGCAAGAAGAUUCGAGCUGUGUUGCUUGUCAACCCGCACAACCCUGUUGGUCGUUGUUACCCGGUCGAGACACUCAAGGCUAUUACCCGAUUCUGCAACAGCCACAGUCUCCAUUUCAUCAGUGAUGAGGUUUAUGCUUCCUGUGUGUUUGAUUCUGGUGACCCUGAGGCUGUGCCGUUUACGUCAACUCUCUCGCUAAAUUCUACGGACAGAGCCUCGCUUCAGCCUAUACGGACUUACAACCUCUGUGCUCAACAAGGAGGGAAUCAACUAUGUCAAGGGCGGGUGAGUAUAUGUACUCGGACGAGACGUUAUUCAAACCCUCCUCUAAUCCGAUCGAUCACCAGAAACGCUGGGGGUUUCUACAUCGACUUGUCUCCUUAUCUCCCUACUGGCAGUGCUCUUCCCCCGCGACUACGGGAAUUUGCUCUUGCACAGAUGCUUGUCGAUGUUGAUGUCUUUUUGCACCCCGGGGAAGAGCAUUCGCAGGAUAUUGGGUGGUUUCGGUUGGUUUUCUCGCAGGAAGAAGAGACUUUUAAAGGAGGUCUGAACAGGCGAGUCCUUUGCUUAUUAUUGUUGUGCAUUAUUUCGGUCGGUUGA